AUGAAGUACUCCGUCCCCGUUGUCCUCGCUCUCUCGAGCAGCGCUGUCGCCUCUCCCCUCGGCGACUACCUCGACGCCAUCUUCGGCACCAAGGACACCCGUCAGGCUCCUCCUCCUCCUGGCUUCCCUUCCAUGGGCAUGCCACCUAUGGGCUCUCCCACCCCAGGCUUCCCUCCCAUGGGUCCUCCCAUGGGAACAGGUGCUCCAACACCUGGCUUCCCUCCCAUGGGCGCACCAACGCCUGGCUUCCCCCCAAUGGGCCCUCCCUCCGGUCUCCCUCCCAUGGGCGCACCAACCCCCGGAUUCCCUCCCAUGGGCCCACCCAUGGGCACCGGCGCCCCAACACCCCCCGGCUUCCCCAUGCCCAUGCCCACCGGCGGCUUCCCAGGCGGUCCCGGCGGCCCAGGCGGCUCCAGCAACAUGCCACCUUCCUGGCCCGUCCGCGCGCGCGCCGUCCGCAACCUAGCCAUCGACUACCAGCUCGCCCCGCGCCAAGGCGGCGACCUGCCCCUCCCUUCGUUCUCUCUCGCAGACCCCGAGAACGGCGGCGCACCUACUCCUACUGAGUCCCCCUCCGGCGGCGGCGAAGAAGCUCCAGGUGGCUUCCCGGGUCUACCCACUCCCACCCCAGGUGCCCCCGAGGGCCCCGGUGGAGGAUUCCCUGCGCCCACAGGCGGAUUCCCGGGUUUGCCUACUGGUGCGCCUGAGGGACCUGGUGGUGGACCGGGUGGUUUCCCGACGGAUCUCCCUUCUUUCCCUAUGCCGACUGGUAUGCCUGGCGGUGCGCCUGGAGGUGGUUUCCCUGGUCUGCCUGGUACUGGCAUGCCUGGUCUGCCUACUACCAUGGAGACGAUGACGCGUGGACCUAAGCCAACUGGUAUGCCUGAGCUGCCUGGUCAGGAGGAUGGUCAGCAGGGCCCUGGUGGUGACAACGGGUCUGGUGGCUGGUGGAGCUGGCUUGGUGGAUUGUUUGGCGGUGGUAAGGGAGACGGCGAGGGUGCUGGAGCUGGUGAGGGUGAGGGUGCUGGAAGUGGAAUUGGUGCUUAG